CUCUUACAUCCCCAUAAAUUUCGGCCAAAGCUUUCUCCCUUUGUCCAUCGCUUUUCCUUCCUUCCAAAGUCUUCUCCGUCCGUCCGUCCGUGCCUUCCGGCGCCGCUUCUCUCUCGCGCUCGCGCUCUUCCCGAAGCCGAUCCCUCGCGUUCUCGGACGACGAGCCGCCGCCGGCGACCACCACGGCGACCGCCGCCGCCACCGCCGCCGCCGCCGCCACCGCUGCCACCUCGCGCGCGCCAUCGCCACCCGCGCCCUCCCCUCGUACCGGAUUGCCCGGAGCGGCCCGAAAGUUCUCGGACACCUUCGCGCGGUCCGUACCGGAAGCCGACAACUUUUUCCUCGUCGUCGUCGCGUAGCGGACGCCGUCCUGUCUCCGAGGAAGCUGCCGGUUCGGAGGAGCUGUCGGAGUGGAGUGCUUUUGGUUCGGAGAUUUCGUAGCACUUGCUCGAGGCAGGGAGGGAGGGAGGUAGUUUGGGAUGGCUGUGUUUGGGGGAGCGCAAUGGAGAGGCCUGAGAUCCGUGGCCGUGAUCUUCGUCAACCUCGCGUUCGCUCUUCUGCUCGCCUCCGCCGAACGGGGCUUGAAGCUGAAGGACGAGCCUUCUUCCCGCGUCGUCGAUGGACCGCCCGUUCCGGGAUUCCUCUCCAGAGCGGCGAAUUUCCUGUGGCAGUCUGAUGGAGGAGGUUACCAGCACGUCUGGCCGGAGAUGGAGCUCGGUUGGCAAAUUGUUGUCGGUUCCAUCGUUGGCUUCCUCGGCGCGGCCUUCGGGAGCGUUGGCGGCGUGGGCGGCGGCGGCAUCUUUGUUCCCAUGCUCACUCUGAUCGUAGGCUUUGAUCCCAAGUCGGCUACUGCUAUUUCGAAAUGUAUGAUCAUGGGUGCUGCGGGAUCAACUGUUUACUAUAAUCUCAAACUCCGGCAUCCUACAAUAGAUAUGCCUAUAAUUGACUAUGACCUGGCGCUGCUCAUCCAACCAAUGCUUAUGCUUGGAAUCAGUUUAGGAGUUGCCUUCAAUGUGAUAUUUGCUGACUGGAUGGUUACAGUUUUAUUAAUUGUUCUCUUCAUGGGUACUUCCACCAAGGCAUUCUUAAAAGGGGUCGAGACAUGGAAAAAGGAAACGUUAAUGAAAAAGGAAGCUGCGAAGAAACUAAAUUCUGUUGGAAAUGGUGGCACAGAAGUGGAAUACAAGCCUCUUCCUGGUGGUCCAGGCAAUAGCCCACACCAAGGCAUGAAAAAGACGGAGUACACAGUCCUUGAGAACGUUUGCUGGAAGGAACUCGGACUUCUUGUCUUUGUUUGGGCUGCAUUUCUUGUCCUGCAGAUUGCCAAGACUCAGACAACUACUUGUUCUAUUGGAUACUGGGUACUCAACCUGUUACAGGUUCCAGUUUCUGUUGGAGUAUCUCUUUACGAGGCAGUUAGCUUAUACAAGGGAAGGAGAGUAAUCGCUUCCAAAGGAGAUUAUGGCACUGGUUUGAAGGUGAGCCAAUUGGCCCUUUAUUGUGCUUGCGGUGUCCUGGCUGGAGUAGUAGGAGGACUACUUGGACUAGGUGGAGGAUUUAUAAUGGGGCCACUAUUUUUGGAACUGGGAGUUCCUCCUGAGGUCUCCAGUGCCACAGCGACCUUUGCAAUGACCUUUUCCUCGUCCAUGUCCGUUGUGGAAUACUAUCUUCUAAAACGUUUUCCCGUCCCUUACGCACUCUAUUUUGUUAUGGUCGCUACAUUUGCUGCUCUGGUAGGACAACACAUUGUGCGAAGGCUUAUUAUUGUACUCGGAAGGGCGUCCCUUAUUAUCUUCAUCUUAGCCUUUACAAUUUUCGUCAGUGCCAUCUCGCUAGGUGGAGUUGGCAUAUCCAACAUGAUAGGAAAGUUUCAUCGGCAUGAAUACAUGGGAUUCGAAAACCUUUGCAAGUAUGAUGCGUAGUGUCUGAUUUGUUUUGCCAGCAUUUUCUCGUCCCUGGUCUGUGUACUGGGCACAGAGCAUUCUGCUGGGAACUUAAAUGUGCCUUUGCUUGGUGCCACUUCUGGGCUUUGCAGACUAGAGCAUUUUCUCGACCCAAAUCAAACAUUAGAGUCGUUUUAACUUUUGAUCUACUUGAAUUUUACUGCGAUGUAUCGAUUUGAUUCAUACAACUUUUGUCAUCUUUUUUGUAAGAAGAUUCUUUAUGAAUCAGAGAAUCAAUUUCUUUGUGCUUCAGAGAAUCAAUGAAAAGAAGAACUUGAAAUGA